AUGAGCGGAGCCGGUAAGAAAAUCGCGGAUGUGGCUUUCAAAGCGUCGAGGACUAUAGAUUGGGAUGGUAUGGCUAAGGUCCUCGUCACCGAUGAGGCUCGCAGAGAGUUCUCUAACCUCCGUCGUGCUUUCGAUGAGGUUAACACGCAGCUCCAGACCAAGUUCAGUCAGGAACCUGAACCCAUAGACUGGGAGUACUACAGAAAGGGUAUUGGGUCUGGCAUUGUGGACAUGUACAAGGAAGCUUAUGACAGCAUUGAGAUUCCCAAGUACGUGGACAAUGUUACCCCUGAAUACAAGCCAAAGUUUGACGCUUUGUUGGUGGAACUGAAAGAAGCAGAACAAAAGUCGCUGAAAGAGUCCGAAAGGCUAGAGAAAGAAAUUGUUGAUGUCCAAGAAAUCAGCAAAAAGCUCAGCACCAUGACUGCAGAUGAGUACUUUGAGAAGCACCCAGAACUCAAGAAGAAGUUUGAUGACGAAAUCCGUAACGACUACUGGGGAUACUGA